CGCUACGUCCAGAUGAACAGAUUCAACUUUUGGAGAUUUACUUUCCUGGAUGAUUGAGAAUGCAUCAAGACAUCUUUCCUUAUACGUUCAAAUAACCUCUUAAGUAACAUGAAAGUAACAAAUCUUACAGAAAAUAAAGCUAGACAUUGAUUACUUACAGAUUAUGGUUCAACAAACUCCCCAGCGAUGUAAACUGGGCUUAAAGUUGUGCAGCUCGUUUCUGCUCCAGGCAUUUUCUCACACUGCCAGCGUGAACUUUUCCUGCUGCUUACAACACAUCGCCAAAGGGGGCAGUGUAGUGCACACAAAAUAACUAAAGAAGACGCCACAAACUCAAGGGGUAAUUCUGCCCACUAGUGGGAAAACUGAGAAACGCACCAGCCAAAGAAACCCAAUAAAGUAACAACAGAGGGGCAGAAUAGAAAGCAAUACAGCUACUGCUGACAAAGCAGCAUGUGUGAGAGGAAAAGCAGUGUACACACUUCAACAACACUUUUAGUAUAAAGUGUGUCCACUUUAAACAUUUUGGUGUGUAAGACUGGAACAGAGCUGCUAUAUUAAUGAAAUUGAGCCUAUUUGAAGACCGGAAAGAAAGCUGGUAAAAAUGCAAACUGCGUGAGUUAACAGACUUAUCAAUAUCAUUCUGUCAUUAAGUAUUUCAUUAAAUUAAUGUUUAAUUAAUGUUUGCAUUAUCUAUAAUUUGUCUGUUUGUCAUAUUGUGUAGAGUUAGGACCCAAACACAGGAGGCAAGCUGACUUACAAAAGGGGAGACACUUUCUUUAGGCUGAUGAUAAAACAAAUAGUGAAACAUCAACAGAAGGAAAAAACCAAAUCUAAAUGGAUACAAGGAAAGAGGACAAGUACAGAGGAUAGCAGAUAUCCUAACAAAGGACACAGAGAAGACUGGACUGUUUCUGCACACAUUAAAGGGCUGAUUAGACAAAAGUUGGAAUGAGACAUCAGUGUAGACAUUCAGGAAGUAAAACCCACCUCACAAAACUAACUAUAAGAAUAAAACAGGAAAUGUACUGAAAACAAUGAAACACGAAUGAACCAACUCAAGGAAAACACAGAAGGGCGAGACAGACAGAGGAACAAAACACAUUAGAAAGAAACUCACAAUAGAAACUGAAGAUAUAUAAAGACCAGUAAUUACUAUAUAUGAUAAUCAACUCUAAACAGGACUCAAAAUCUCAACAAUAAUUAAAGACUUAACUCUUUAAAGCCUAAACGAUGAAAUAACAGCCAGAAAAAAAUAUCAAAAUAAAUCAAAAAUGAUACACUUAAGGGUUCAGUGUGUUAGGAUAACAUUGGCAAUGAAAAGAAAACUCAAAAUAAGAAUCCAAAAAAAACUCCAAAGCAACUAAAAACCUAGAGAUCGUGAAUUUAUUUGACUUGUUGUUGUUGUGCUAUUCAAAUGCAACACUGACUUGGAAGGUCUUCCACUUUGAUGAUGCUCAGUGUAAAAUCUAUAUGAAAUCAUAACUUGUCACCAUUAGACAAGGCUCAGUUUAGUGGCUCAGUGGUGUAAAGCUUUACACACUUGCCCCAACAUGUGAAAGAUCCUCAGUUCAAUUCUGGGAGGAAAUACAAACGACAGCCAAGCUAGCGUACGCCUAGUUGUGGUGUAAAUCCCUGAUAAAUGGGAGGAUUGUGUCAGGUAGGGGAUCUGUGCCAAAUCAAACACGUAGAUCCAUCUGCCGUGCUGCUCCCUGAAAGUAAUGAAAGUAAAGGUACUUUCAGGGAGCAGCUGAAAGUAUCUUUAGAAAAGACUCUACAGCAAGCUCACUUUUCCUGCUCUUGGCCAGCUUGUACAUAACACUCAUCCAGAGGGGACAAAUCUGUUAGUCUAAAAUAAAAAAUGCCCUCAAUUAUAUCUUGGAAAUCAUUACAUUACAGAUGCAGAUAUUCUGUAUCUGUAUAAAGUUUUCUUUCCUUGUUGCUGUAUUUGAUGUUAGUAAAGAAAAUGAAAACACAAGAUCUGAAGAAACUGUUAAAAUACAGUUGAAAUAGUUCAGGCUGUUGCUGUUGCUGGCCCUGUUUCUCCUUAAUAACAAAAUAGGACAACUAGCAAAUUUCAUUAUAACUUGAUAAAUAGUGAACGCGUUUAUUCUUUUUCCAAAUCACAUCAUCUCUAAAAGGAGGAGGUAAGGACAUCUUUAAAUACCCUAUUAUGGAAAUACAGAACUAACAAUGAUUGCUUUAUAGUUCAUGUUUUCUUUGGUGAUUCAUAGAAGUGACUCCUUAUGGACAGUUCAAAGUUUCAAAAAGCCCAAAUAUACCAUUUGAAUGUGCAAAUAUUAAGACCUGUGCCUUAAACCAAUGAAACUAAUGAAAGACCUCCAUGCCUGCAUCAGGAAAAAAUGUCCUAGCUAGCUAAUUUAAUUGUCUGACAAGAACUUUUGAUUGAUGGCUUAGACUCCAGGCUGUAAUGUUGCUUUCAGUGUAGUCAUUAAAGCCUGAUGAUGGGACUGAUGGCUGCACUGUCGGCAUCUCUGCGAGCUUAAGCCACCUCACUCUUGUCUGUAUUUAAUAGAAGAACGGGAAUACAUCAGCACUUAAGGUGCAUUAAACAAUGUAAUGAUGCAUUAUUUUUAUGGAAGGUUCCCUCAUGAGCUCAUGCAUCUUGCAUGUUUUGUAUAAUGGCUGAGUCCGUCUCACAAAGAAGACAGGUUGCAAAAAAUCCACAUGAAAGAAAUAACAAGCAUUUUGUUAGCUGGGCAGUACAUCUGCUCUACUUUACAGUUUACAGUGCUGACUAAAAGCCCAGGUUGAGCUUACAAUGUAGUAAAUCUCAUUGUUAAAUGACAGGAAACUACAAUCAUUGAGAUUUUACAGGAUUAAACUGUCAUUUUACAUCUGUACUCUACAAUAACAGUUUUUUACUGUGAAAAACAGUAACAAGCUAUAACAGGGCUAUACUCUAUAAAAUAUACACUUUGUAGUAUACUGCAAAAUAUUUUAAAGUAUUAUUUUUUUUGUUAAUGUCCAGAAAUUUGUAUCUUCUCAAAUGUCAGGGUGUCACAAACAUGAGACUUUUAUUAUGAAAUAAAAAAUAGUAACAGUAAGGAUCACACAGACCCCAAUUGGCAGUCAGAACUAUAGUCUUAAUGAACUGUUGUGCUAAACAUAGAUAUUAUAUUUGAUGAUAAUAUUGUAAACAAAAAAGAUGCAAAACCUAGCUCAUAGUUUAAGCAGGCAACCAUAUGCUUCAAAGCUAAAUGCAGCGGCGCAGGUUUGACUCUGACCUGAGGCCCUUUGAUGGGCAUGUUUACCCACUUUCCUAUUUACUCUUCACUGCAAAAAGCCAAAAAAUAAUGGGAAAAAUACAGGUCAUGCUGGUGACCAAUGUAGGAAUCAUCAUGCGUGAACUCAAUUUGGAGUCAGAGUUUGAACUCAUAAAAGUUUGCCUUCAUAGACCAUCUUCUUGAGCUGCUACAAUAAUAGAAAUGACUGCUGUUAAUGUCUUCUAUAUCAGCAUUUGCAUUAUACGGCUGUAUUUACAAAAAGUGGUGUAUUGCUGUAUAAAAUUUAUUGUAUUUUUACAGCAAUUUGUUACAGUGUAGACACAUAUUAUGAAGUAGGUCUAAAUUUACUAAAAUAAAUGAAUACAAUGUAUUCGAUUAUGCCGUUUAUAAUAUCCUAAUCAAACAAACAGAAGCCUUUUUUUUUUCAGAAAAUGAGCAAUAAGUAGCUGAUAGACACCUUUUUACAAAAAAAACAUAAAUUUUCAUAAUGCACAACGACAGCAGGUCUCAGUCUAAAUUACAUCUUCCAAAUGUGCAUUUGAGGAGCUCGGCAGCUGCACUAUUGAUAUUUCUUGUAUUUUUGGCAGGCCGCUAUCCCCGUUCAUUAGGUCCAUUUAAACUCUCUAACUUACAUAAACCCUCCCUGACCAUCGAAAUGCAUAUCUGGCAUACAUUCUCUGCCUGCUCACAGACCAAUAUUGUUCCUCUGCACAAUUGAUUUGCUUUCCACCCCUCUUUCCUACUUACAUUGAGUCCAUUAUGUUGUGCAGACUCAUCAGUUGUGAACUAUCCUAAUAAUCUUUACAAUAGAGUAUAAUCAUAAAAAACUCAAAAAGUAUAUAUAAAUACUGUUACAUACAUUAUUUAUAUCAUCUAUAUAUAUAUAUGUGUGUUGUCAGUUUAGCUUUGCAGGAUAGCUAUAGUUCACUUCAGCUUUUGUUUUUUUGGGGGGGGGUUUGCAAUGUCAUAAAAGACACAAUUUUACAAUCACAGUGGUCUAACUGCUUUUGAGCUCAGAGUGAAUACAUCUGUAUUACUGAGUGCGUGCAUCACUGAGCAGCCCUGUGGACACAGGCAGCACCACACAGGACACAAUAGUUUUCUUUAUGAGUGCUGUUAAUAUCCCAAACAUCAGAAGAUGUGAAUCAAUGCUUGGUAUAUCAUUUUGCAUCUUUAUCAUGACCGGGCAUAUUUAGACAUUGCAGAUGUCAGAAACUAUUAGCAGAGGAAUCCCUUCAGUAACACUGAUCCACCCGCCCGCCCACAACCUCAAACACACAGCUCAAGACAGUGUAAGUGGAGGUGGAGCCCUGAGUUGAUGGGGCUGUGGGAAAGAUCCAGCAGGAUGCGAAACGCUGCUGAGCCGUAGCAGAACUGAAUCAUCUGCAACUUUGGAUAAUUUGGGGGAACUCAGAUUCAGUGAAUUUUUAUCUACCUGCAGGAGCAAAUAAUGGACUCUGGACCUGUUUCUUCAAUGACGAAGGCUCUGCGGUCAAUUUUAAUUUUUUUUCCCCAUUCACUGGCCAUUUGCAUAUGAAAACUAACAAGUAGUGGAGCUUGCACUAUAGCAUUGUUAUAUGUCAGUUGUUAUUUUAAAGGUUUUUUUUUUAAAGGGCUUUUGCAGAAGCAAUAUCUAAUGAAUUGCAACGAUGGCUUUGGAGGGCAUGGAAAUAAUUGCUAUCAUUGUUGUUAUUGGACUAUGUAUUGUUGUCCUCAAACAGUUUGGGAUUUGCGACCCUUUGUCACUGGAAGAUGUCUUACUGCUGUUUCCUCCCCCUUUCCUUCCAUCCUCCCGCUUCCCCAUUUUGUCUCUUUUCGUGUGACAGACAGCAGUGACAGUGACCUUGAACUCUCCAUGGUGCGUCACCAACCUGAGGGCCUUGAACAGCUCCAAGCCCAGACGCAGUUCACCAGGAAGGAGCUGCAGUCGCUUUACAGAGGCUUUAAGAAUGAGUGUCCCAGUGGGUUAGUGGAUGAAGAAACAUUCAAGAGCAUUUACUCACAGUUCUUCCCUCAAGGAGAUGCAACUACAUAUGCACAUUUCUUGUUUAAUGCUUUUGACAUGGACAGAAAUGGCUCCAUCCGGUUUGAGGACUUUGUUCUAGGUCUGUCUGUGUUACUUCGAGGCUCAGUUACGGAGAAACUUCGCUGGGCAUUUAAUCUAUAUGACAUCAACAAGGAUGGCUACAUUACAAAAGAGGAAAUGAUGGCUAUCAUGACCUCCAUUUAUGACAUGAUGGGCAGGUAUACUUUACCCAGCGUACGAGACGAUUCCCCAGGUGAACAUGUGGAGAAGUUCUUCCAGAAAAUGGACCGUAACAGAGAUGGAGUGGUGACAAUAGAUGAAUUCAUAGAAACCUGCCAAAAGGAUGAAAAUAUAAUGGCUUCUAUGCAGCUGUUUGAGAACGUCAUCUAGUUUCUGCAGAGAAAGGUGGACCAAUAAUGCUGUAUAGAGCUUCCCACUACAAACGUCUGCGCCUGAACAAUUUCAUUUAUCCUAAAAAGGAAAAACUGGGUGUUUUGACACUUUCUACUGCUAACUGAUGGACACUACUGAGUUUCCAGUCAAGCUGUUUCAUGCAGAGAAAUGUACAGGAUUCACCAAAAUCACCUGAAAAAACAAUGUUUCUUUGCAUGAUAUUUCAACUUUCAUUUCUGCACAUGAAACAACAAAAAUGUGCUGUGAUUACCAGAUGAGCAUGAGUGUUCGCCUUACAUUAGAGAGCAUGUACUGCAAACCACCUCAAACACAAAUAAUGCAUUUUAUUGUAUUUUUUGUCACAAACGUGCAAAUGAGAACUGUUUGUUACUAUAUUCAACUGUGCAGAAAUGAAACCCAGACAUUGUUGUGCUUACCAGAAUCCAGUUGAAAUAAAUAUUUGCUCUCACAUACUGAUA